CUCAUCUCUGGUUGUGUUCAGUUGCGUGUUGCAUCUUCAUGGGACGUGAAUAUGAUUAUUGAAGUGUGACUGUUGUUCGUAAAUAAGACAUGAUAAUUAAGAUUUGUUUUGAAAUCAGCAAAGGACUUCCGUUAAAAUAUUGCAUAUGAUCCUUGGUUGCUCCUUAACGGUUGAAACACUGUUGUGAUACCUUGGUCAAUGUUUUGCAUCGAUAAAAAUUCAAAUGGUGAUAGCAAACAGUUAGCCCUAUUAAUAAAAACUCAAUUGAGGUAGAUAUUAAUAAUAUUUCACUGGCAAAGAAUGGCACAGCAAACACCAGGGGUACAAACUGCUGGUGCAGGUUCAGACAUUAUGUCAGCCCUAGGUAACCUCCAAACAGUUAACACUCAAUCGUCUACACCUAUGACGACUAUGCAAAGUAACAGUACGAUUCAAGUCAUGCAACCUCCCUCUCAACCUCAGCAAACGCAAUAUGUUACACAGCCAACUAAGUCGCAGCCAGUAGCGCAAUUACCUACUUCGUGUUCAUCUAAUGAUUACGCUCAGUUUUUAACCAAGACUCGAUUACAAGAUCUCGUUAGAGAAGUGGAUCCCACUGAACAGCUUGACGAAGAAGUCGAAGAAAUGCUUUUGCAACUAGCCGAUGACUUUGUUGAAACCACUGUGAACGCUGCUUGUUUAUUAGCAAAACACCGACAUGCAAAUACUGUUGAAGUAAAAGACGUUCAACUCCAUUUAGAGAGAAAUUGGAAUAUGUGGAUACCUGGUUUUGGCACAGAUGAAGUAAGGCCUUACAAACGAGCAACUGUAACGGAGGCACACAAACAGCGAUUGGCUCUCAUUCGAAAGAGUAUUAAAAAAUAUUGAUCACGGACAUUACAAUGUAAUUAAGUUUAAGACAUAAAGAGUUUCGUAUUCAUUGAACGAUCGUUAUUAAAUUCGGAUUUAUAGAAUACAUAUUUGCUAGGCACAUUAUUACCGAAAUUGCGAAUGAACUAGUAAGGACCGAUUCAUAAGGUGUAAUUACACUAUGUUUAAACAUUAUUGAAUGACUAUAUAAUUACAUCAAAAUGAUUGAAUAAUCUACAAGAUCAAAAUAAUGUUGUUAAGGUGAUCUCAGAUUUGUCUAUUUCCAAAUUUAAAUUACAAUUGUAUCUAAAUAGCAAUAUUUUGUAAUAAAAAAUCUUAUAAGCUCUAUGAA